CUGAUUUCCGUUUUCACAUCUUCAUAAUUGGAACGGAAAACGAAUUAUCCAUUAUAUAGUACAUGUACCUUGAUUGAUAACAAUGUCAUGAAGCACGUGUAAGUGGGUACGUCCCGGAGGUCGAGGCGCGCGGAGCUGGAGUGACGUCGUUAGACUUGGAAGUUUCGAAACCGUAGACAAUGUCAAUGAUAACUGAGUUGAUAUUUGGUUUUCCGUAUUAUAUUGUAACCCAAAGUUGAAUUCAUAUGACCAUAUUCAUUGCAGCUGCAAUGUGGCUUUAGUGAAACGGAUCGAAGCGAUUUUUGGGCCCGGUAAAAUAAUUCCAAGGAUGACUUGACUCGCCACUGAUUUUGACAAUGGAGAAAACUGUGCUUGACGUCCAUGAUGCUGUACAGCAGACGACAAUAGCAGUGGAUCGGAUAAUGGAUACACAAAAUCAAUACGAUUCAUGGCAAGAUGUUUACCGGGCACUUCUAGAAAUACUUGAGCAGCAUCGGGACCCUGUUAAAGCAGCAUACAGCUUCAUGCAGACGCUUCCUGAGGACGACGUGCAAGACAAGCUCUUCCCCUUCUACAGUCAAUCUUCACGUCGUAUUGAACUACAGAGGGCAGCAUUGGUAAGCCAGUCAUUAAAGGAAAUGCCCGGCAGAUCUGACCAAGAGGAGCUGUAUUCUCGGUUCGGUUUCCUUCAUGCGACUUGUCGGAAGGGAGAUGUUGAUGCUGCUCUUAUGUUGAUGUGCUGGGGCAUAGAACCACACUGUAAGAAUACAGAGGGAAGGAGUGCACUGGAGGUGGCUACUACUGAGGGUCAUCUAAAUGUUAUCACUAAACUGGUGGAAAUGGAUGAAGGACUUCUAGAGGAUGUAUCCGAGUUGAAACUGCUCGUCUGUUGUGCCUGUAGAGAAGGGAAGAAGGAAGUGAUAGACUACUGGUUGGAUCACCUGAUAAGACAAAGUCCUAGGCCUGGGCACCUCUUCUCUGAAGAACAUGAUCCCAAUCCGCUUCUAUCGGCGUGUCAAGGAGAGAAUUACAUCAUAGCGGCAGAUCUGAUUGAGAGGGGUUUAGUAAGCAUUGAUGAAGCUACUGCCAAUAUGUUAGGUGCUGAUAUCCUACCACUACUCAAGAUAUGGGUUGAACCUGAUGAGGAUUCCAGCACCAAUAAUAACAACAACAAACAGGAGCUCGUUGCAAAUUGGCACCACAAGCAACUCAAUACCUUUGACCCGUCGUGGCUGCAGGAUUUCCAAGAUUCAACUCACCAAGUCCUGUCGACCAUCAAUCUAUCCCAGAAUGCACUCUUCUCUGUACCGGAGGGACUCCUGUGGGGUCUGCAGAACCUCCGUCGUCUCAAUCUAUCCCAGAAUUCAAUUCAAAGACUGCCAUCCCCGAAAAGCCAUCGAAACUUGAGCGAGUGUCGCUUACGGUCUCUGAGCCUUUACCAGAAUAAACUGGUAUCUGUCCCUGCUGAACUAUUCAUGUUAGAAGCUUUAGAGUUCUUGUCUCUUGCCAGUAAUUCCAUUACAGAACUUAUCCAACCUGCCAAAGAAUCUAUAAAACAUGAGAUCCCAAGACAAUGGAACUGCAUGUCUCUCGUCAAUUUGGAUCUGUCCCAAAACAGACUGAGCUCUCUCCCCAGACAGAUGGAUGCGUGCACUUCUCUUAUUACCAUCAAUCUAUCGGAGAAUUCAUUCAGUGAGAUACCUAGGCCUUGGGCUUGUCCUUUGGAGAUCCUGAACAUUGCUAAGAACAAGGUCCAAUCUGCUCCCGGUGACCUACCAAAGUUCUGGCAUCGUACGUUGCGAUUCAUCAACCUCAGCAACAACCGUCUGACAGAGAUUCCCGCACCUAUCUGUCAGUUGAGCAGUCUCUCUGAGCUUGAUCUAUCUCAUAAUGUACUACGUUGCUUUCCAUCGCCGAGAACCUGGAGUAUACGUAAGCUACAGCACCUUAAUCUGGCUUACAAUCAACUUAUGCACAGGGAAGCACAACCUCAAACUAAGCAAGACAAUCCUAAAACCUCCCCUGUGAAAAAGAAGAAAGACAAUCCUCCCAGUUCACCGACCAGUCCUCGACAAAAGCAAGGCGUUGCUAAUUUCUACACCAAGCUACGAGCUCAUAAGUCACCAGCCAAGAUCAUAGACGCUAACAGCCGAAGUACCUUCUACACACAUUCCCCAAACGGUGGUAGCAGUCAUCCGGAAAAAUGGGAAAAGAUUGAAUUCCCAGAAUGCUUUGCACACAGUCUCUACGUUCUGAAGCUAUCCCACAAUGCUCUAGAGGAUGUGCCUCCCAGCAUUUGUAAGCUGGAAGCAUUGUAUGAUCUAGAUGUCAGCUGGAAUCCUGAUCUGCAGAAGUUACCUGAAGGUCUAAGCACUCUGAAGCAUCUCUUUCACCUGAAGAUUGAGGGGUUAGACAUCAAGAUUCCAUCUGACAUCAGUCUAUUGACUCCAGAGCAACGGUGUAAAUCCGGUCAAGUUCUCAAGAUACUUCAUGAGAAACUUCUAGACAGUCAACCCUAUCACAGCAUGAAGCUUAUGAUCAUGGGUCCAGCGAAGAGUGGUAAGACCACAUUACUUGGAAGUCUGAUGAAUAAUACCAGUGGGCGUGUCCUUGAUAUGGCUCUUCAUGUAACGGAAUGGGAACUACAAGAUCCAGUCGUAGAAGGAAAAGGGUGCAGUCUCAGGGAAAGGGUCAAGGAAAAGUUCUCAAAGGAGAAGGAGCUUGUUGAAGGCCCAUCCAUCACAUUCUUCUCCUGGGAUAUGAAAGGUGGUGAUCUGUAUGAGAAUGUUCAUCAGUGCUUUGUUACAGCUAAGACUUUGUAUCUCUUAGUAUGGGAUAUGAGUGAAGGCAUGGAUGGGGCACAUAAACUAUCAUCUCUUCUCUUGAACAUCAGUUCUCGAUCCUCAGACUUUGGUAUUGUGAUAGUGGGCACCCAUCACGACGUGGUUCAGAACUCGGCUGUAGACGUGAUGGAGCUACGGAGUCAGCUUGUUGAGAUGCUGGAUGUUGGACCGGGAUUCCCACCGGUAGCCGGGAUUGUAGAGGUCGACAGUAGAGGGUGUAAGAACCACGGAAUGGCUGAGCUCAGACGGGUCAUCUACGAGACCGCUCUGCAGAUGAAGGUUCAUCAUAAGAGACCUGUAUGUACAGAGAAGCUUAUAGGCAGGAAGGUACCCCAACCAUACUUCAAUCUGAAGAAGCGUAUAUCCCAGGAGGUUGAAGUACGUCAGAAAGCUGAUCCUCCUAUACUACCUAUCAUGACUGAGACUGAACUGGCCCAGAUAGUACAACUCAUACCUGUUAGUGGGCUGCAUACACCAGAAGAACUUCAGGAAGCGAUCAGUUUCUUGCAUGAGAUCGGGAGCAUUGUCCACUUCACCGACCACCUGAAUGGCCUGAAUGACCUCUACUUCAUAGACCCAGUAUGGCUCGCCUGUACGCUACAGAGGGUGACUGCACUACCUGCAGGAAGUCUUAAAGGAGGCAAGGUCCACGUCCAGACUCUCCGAGAGCUGAGCAAGAAGAGCCGCAUCGGGGAGGAUAAGUUUGAGCAGUACUUGCAGCUCUUGGCUCGAUUCGAGAUUGUGGUUCCAAUCUCGCAUCACUGGUUCUUGGUACCAUCUCGGCUCCCUCGUGACAAUCCUGGUUUGAUGAUAUCCCUACGUAACACUAGCGCCGCACCAUUCUACUAUCUGAGGAGGGUGUAUAAGAUGCCCUAUUUACCUCCAGGUUUCUGGAUCAGACUGGUAUCACGUCUCAUCGCUGAUCUUCAGAUGCAUGACAAGAAGAUCAAGAUUAGUCCAACCAGAAGCGAGAGAAAGAUCUGCCGCUCAACAAGUAUCAAGAACAGCAUAUCAAAAGGCAUCAGGUUUCUUCAGAGUGAGUCUAUCUACUGGAGGGAGGGUAUAUUCUUCAGGCACAAGACGGGACAAAUCAUGGUGCAGUCAACGGUCUUUCCGUCGACUGACAAAUCUCCAGGAGUGGACAUCCUCAUCAGCUGCCAAGAUGGUCACUUCUCAGCCAUGGGGUGCGUGGUGGACCAGAUUGAGGGGCUUAUCAAAGAUUGGUAUCCAGGCCUAUGUGCAUCAAUCUAUGACAGUAUUCAGCCUAAGGUCCAACGAUUGGUGCCUUGCCCCAUAUGUGUGAAUCAUGGAACAGAUGACUAUGAAGCAACGACUGAGAAUCUCCCUCAUUGCUACACUGUGGAGGAGCUAGUUCAGCGAUACGUCCGCGGUGAGACGCAUAUAACCGCGUGUGCCAACUCCAAGGAGAAACUCAUCCCUAUUUCUGUUCUGAUACCCGACAUGUUCAUGGAAGACCUCAGCAUAAGACAUCUGAAGCAAGAGGAGUUCAAAUUGCACAUGGUGUCGGGACAAUCUCUAGGACAGGGAGGAUUUGGCGAGGUCUUCAGGGCAAAGUUCCGUGGACAGACUGUAGCAGCUAAGACUAUGUUUCCGUCUAGACUCUUGAAGAACCAGGUGUUCUCUUCUCCCAGUGAAGGGUAUGCAUCGUGUUCUUCUACGCCGUCCUCUACGCGUAACAUGACAGGAGAAUCAACAUCAGCGUAUGAAUCAUGCGACUCACUCGAAGCAUCCAUGUUAAUGGAGAGUUUCCACAAGCUGAGAAACGAGGUUGCAAUUAUGGCUAAACUAGACCAUCCAUGCAUCGUCAAUCUUGUUGGUGUAUCUGUCAGACACCUCUGCUUUGCCAUGGACUACGCACCUCUUGGUGAUCUUCAGAGCUACCUGUUUGCUGAACACCAGUCUGCAAGGCCACACCUAGUGAAGCAGAACAUCGUCCUGGAGCCAGUCCUGAGCAGGUUGCUGACGUACAAGAUCAGCCUACAGGUUGCUUCGGCCGUGGAGUUCCUGCACAGCAAGGACAUCAUCUAUUGCGAUCUGAAGACGGACAAUAUCCUGCUCUUCUCGUCGGAUGUGAAUCAAGAUGUAAAUAUCAAGCUAACAGACUAUGGGAUAUCCCGAACCUAUGACCUGAUGGGUGCCAUGGGGAUGGCAGGGCCACCAGGGUUCUGUGCGCCAGAGAUUCUCCAGGGCAAGGUCUUUGAUGAAAAGGUGGAUUGGUUUUCCUAUGGAAUGUUCCUGUAUCAUCUGAUGACUGGCCUGGUUCCUUACCAUGAUCAGCACAGUCGUAUCGAGAUUCAACUGGCCGUCAACGAGGGCCGCAAACCAACCUUCAACUUCCACGAGUACACAAUGCCCCCGAGUCAAGUCUUUCCUGCAUUAGGCUCCCUGAUGGAAUCAUGCUGGCAGGAUAGACCCGGUGAUAGACCUCAUGGUAAAACAGUUCUGCAGCUCUUAUCAGAACCCAGCUUCCUAUGUCUGAGGAGGGUGGUAGAGGUUGAUGAUGAUGGGGUUUCUAUGGCAUUCAGUCCAGGAACAAACAAUGAGGCUAAGGUUGUUCACCUGGUGGUCGACUCGGGUCGUGGUACGUCGGUGAAGUCAUUCCGAGUUGAUGAAGAUGGUUGUUAUAAAUCCAUCAGAGAGAAUGCACUCCAAUGCCCCAUGAUCAAAACUGCCUUAGCGACACCUUGUGGAUCAAAGCUGGUUGUUGGAACAGUGGGUGACUUUGUGCAAGUUUAUCAUCUUCCGUCUUCUUCCCAGUCUUCUAAUGCAAGUCUUCUAGUAGAAGCUAGAGUCGCUGGUCAGCCAACAUCACUCCUUUAUCUUAAACAGCCAAAUGGGCAUGACCAUUCAUUACUGUUGGUUGGUCAAGCCAACGGAACAUUGACCAUCCUAAGCCAUGAAACAGAAGAGAGUGGUCAUCAUGCAACAGAUGCCCUGAGGCCGGUCACCAGGAUGCAACUCAAUAAGAACAAUCUUCCCUGUAGCAGCAUGGUGGCUGUCUCCAGGAAGAAGAAUGGUGACUCUGUGGCUGAGCGGAGAAGACAAUAUGAAAAGGUGGUCUCCAAUGGUAGGAGGUAUAGAUCAGCACAGACCAAUGGCCAACAGGAAGGGAGUAGUGAUGGAAGUGUUCCUAGAGAAACGAGGGGUGGGAGGAGAAGCCCUGGAACAAGAGAACGGACAGGAAGUAGUGAAGAUGGAGCGGAUGGAAUGGAAGUUUGGGUUGGAUGCGGGAGUAACUUGAGGAUCAUCCUGUUGAAUGAUACAACUCUGGAACCAGCCGAGAUUCAGGUGGCUGUUGGUAUGGAAGGAAUGGUGGAAGGCAUAGUUCAUAGUCCAGGUAGUGUGUGGUGUUAUACAUCAAGUGCACUGUAUGUCUAUCGGUAUUGCGUUGAGACUAGGAAGUGCCUGGAGAUCCUGGACUGCAGGGAGACCGUCUUGGUCCAGGGAUCUUUUCUUCCACUCUCCCAGUACGAGAGGCAGGAUCUUUUCAGAAGCUGGGAGGAGAAAGAAAAGGAGCAGGAGCUUGCGAAUGCUACAGCUGUAUCUGAAACCAAUACUAAUGGAGAUGGUAGGUAUGUAUCCGCUCAGGAAGACUCGGAGCAAGAUGAACUGCCAAUUAUUGAUGAUCACUUCAGAGCUGCUUGCAUAGCAGCACCUCGUAGGCCGACCGACCAAAGGGUAGGUGGCCAACGGCAUGGUGGUAAACGAGGCAGGACUGGCAUGCAUCGAUGGAAUAUCCACAGCACCUUGGCCUCUCAGAGCCAGUCGUCCAUCAAAGUCAGUUCUCUCCUUGUGAUGGAUCAUGUCUUGUGGAUUGGUAGAUCCAACGGUGAUAUCGUCCUUGUCAACAUCCGAGACAGACAAACGUCUUUUGAUGAAAAGCUUGAUGUCGAGAUAGGUGAAGUAGUGACUGUACUGAAUGCUCAUGCUGUAUUGAAAAGCGACAGUGGUAGGGUUGUUGAACUACAUCAUUCUGGACCUAAUAGGGUAGUUGCUUGCCACGACAGGAACAAACCCGGCAACAACGAAAGUCAGAUCAAGACUAUGAGUGUAUGGGAGGACUGGGGAUAUGCCAACGUGGAGCAUUUUCAAACCAUCAAUAAUCAGUGUAGGAAGGUAAAAAGGAAAUCAAGAACAUAUUUAGAAGUAUGAUUUUUUUUUUUAAUUUUGGAUCAGUGUAUUCCUUCACAUCCAUGUGGUAUUACAAUGUAUUCAUAAUCCUUGCACCCAUGAAUGUGCAAUCAUCCUGAUAUUACAACUUAUCAUAUGACCCAUUCUUGCCUGAUAUUAUUUAAACAUAAGGGCAUUUUCACGGUAACUGACGUUACACGGAAAAGCAAACUCCCAUCAUUUGUUGUUUCAGAGAUAAUCAUACACACAAUGAAAAGUGUGUAAAAUUGUGCCAUGUAAUGUCAGUUACCGUGAAAAUGCCCAUACAUGUAAGUAGUAAGAAAAACCAACAAGAAACGAAAAAGCAAAUGGUACCAAAAUGCAUCCAGUUGACUUUUUAUAUGUAUAAUUUCAUGAACAAUUAACCUUGUUUUUGUGAGCUUCCAUUUUGUUGUACAAUCAAUGAUAUUACAUAUUAAUGAUAUAUUUAUCUUCGAUCAAAAAUCUUGUAGUGCUUUUCCUCAGGUCCAAUGAAUUCCCGAGGUUUUCUGCUUUUCCCUAAAUUCCUGCCUUUCCCUCUUUUGAUGUUUAACUUUUUUCUGUUUUACAUUGGAAUAAUGAUAAAAUGUGAAUAGUUAUAAAUUGUCAUAAACGUACAAGUACGAGUGCCCUUUGUUGAAUCCUUACAGAAGAAUUGAUUUUUUUUAACCAUGAUUUUUUUUCUGACUGGUGGGCAGUGCCAUAUAGGAUGUAUGCCCUACCCCCUAUAUGAGCAAACUUCAAUGAUUUAUCUCUUUUUUAUAGUUUGUAUGAAAUGUAUUGUAUUAAGUGAAGUGAGAAGCUGGACGUACAAAAAGGUCGAUUUUUUUUUUAAUGAUAAUAAUAUAGGGUAUUUAUAUUGCGCACAUAUCAGCCUUAAUGAUAG